CCGGCGCUCGAGAUAAUUGGUGAUUCCUUUGCCAGCUCCUCGUGGCAACUACUUAGUUGCUCUAGCGCUAAGAGAAUAACUCAUUUCAGACAAUAUUUGAAUUCCCACAGCUCUGGGAGAACAAACACAGUCGUGCCAAGCAGCUUUCUACAUACAACUAUACUGCGCACCGUGCGUACAACUAUACUGCGCAACGUACGCACUGCGCAGUAAACGCAAUGCGCAGUAGCUAGUCACAACACAACAAAACCUCAAAUAUAAUCUAGAAAGUUAUUAUUCACGUCAAAAUAAAUUUAUCUAUAUUUAUACAAAUAUUCACAGUUGUAACUGAUUAUCCAUUUGUCAAUUUAAAAAAUGUGGUGAAGCUAACCAGGCGAAACUGAUCAAGAUUGAAAUUAUUUAAGUAACACAACGUAUAACCAUUAAUAGAAAAGAAUUUUCAGCAUCAUUAAAUUGUUGAGAGCUAUAAAACUUUGAAAAUUUACUUCAAAAUGUCUAUGCGACCUGAUGAUCACAGAAGAAAAUGGAAUCGAGAGGAGUACGAAAGGCUUGCUCUGCAGAGGUUGCAGGAAGAAAUUGCAGAAGAGGAAUUAGGUAUUCCAAAACAACCAGCUGUUAAAAGAGAACUUUUAAAACAAAGAGAUUACAAAGUUGAUUUAGAAUCAAAACUUGGUAAAAGUGUGGUGAUCAAUAAAAAUACACCUUCUUCUCAGAGUGGCGGGUACUACUGCAAUGUUUGUGACUGUGUAGUAAAAGAUUCUAUAAACUUCUUAGAUCACAUAAAUGGGACCAAACAUCAACGAAAUUUGGGUAUGUCAAUGAAAAUUGAACGAUCCACGCUUGAGCAAGUUAAAGCACGGUUUGCAGCUAAUAAGAAAAAACUUGAAGAAAAAAAGAAAGAUUAUGACUUGGAGCAGCGAGUCAAAGAAUUAAAAGAAGAAGAAGAGAAAAUGAAAGAAUAUCGAAGAGAAAAGAAAAAAGAUAGAAAAAGAAAAAUUGAGGAAACUAAAGAUGAUGAUGACGAUGAAGAUGGUGGACCAGUAGAUGAGAUGGCUGCAAUUAUGGGAUUUUCUGGUUUUGGAUCAUCAAAAAAAAAGUGAACUUGUAAAUAAAUUCAUGAAAAUCAAAAAAAUGAAACAAAUUGAGUUGACUAUUACAAUGCAAGUUCAAUGAUUAUACUUGCAUCCUUUGAGAUAUAUUCAAAUGUAUCAAGACAAUUGUUUUUUCGUUCUCAUAGAUAUUCAGUUACAUUUCUUUAGUUUUCUUUCAAUUCACAUUCUAUUUGUUUCAUUGGAUAUUUUUAGAUUAAAUUAUCAUGUUAGAAUCUUUUUAAUGUAAUUUAAUUACAUACAAUUAAGUUGCAAGUUUAUUAAUUUUAAUUUCACUAGAUCAAAUUUUUGUAAAGUUUACAAAGAAACAAUUAUCGAUUAUUAUCAUGUGCAACUGUACUAUAAUAAAUUACUUAUUUCACAUGAUUAACAUUAUAUUGAUUUGUUAAGUGAUUUUAGAAUUACAAAUAAUGUAGGAAAAGUCUUUAAUAAAUGAACUUACCAUUAAGUAUUAAAAAUAGUGAAUAAAAGUGAUCGCAAUUUUCAAAUUUGUUUUAGCUAAUCUAAUAUACCAAUAA